GUAAUGGCAGGGCGGGAACGUGGCUCCCAAUCUGGCUCCCAAUCUGGCUUGCAAGCAGCCGAGGAAAGUGAAGAUGAAUCGUAAGUUAAGACUAUGCAUGUGGAGCGACAUGCCAUAUUUUGGACUUGAAUAUGAGAGUGAAAAUGAGCUGAACUGCAGAGCCAAUGGGCAUCCCGAGAGGCUGCGAUAUAUGAUCCAUUCGUAUGGGCAGGCGCGUUUAUUCGGUGCAGACUGCUGAGCUUGUGCUCUGCUGGAGGCUGUCCUGUGGGUUAUCCCAAAAACACGUAUUUACAUCGUACAACAUGAUGGAUGAGCGACGCCACUGCACACCGUGUUCACUCUAUCAUCGCGCAAGAAGUGUUCAAGCAAUUUGUACCUCGCCAGCAAGUCACUGGUGUACUCCGGAUGUGCCCCCACCUCUGCAGUUCACGUCUCAAUAGAAGUACGUUACGUUCAGAUUGAAUUGUAUGACGCCGCUUGCUCUGCUCUGUGCCCUAGCGUACUGGUCGCGCGACACGGCGUUUGAAAUCUCUAGCCUGUGGCACAGUUGUCCCCUAUACCUGCGGUCUCGCGCGUGAAGGGAUGACAUGAAGACUGGCUACGAGGAGCUGCGGUGCUCGCCCGCCACCUGCUGGAAGAGAUAAUCGCCCUAUACACAGACGUCGUCUGCGACCGCGAGAGAUGGCGGUCCCCCCUAGGACACUGUAUUGGUAUAGCUCCUCCCUGUGGCGACGCCGCCAAUAGGGGAUCGCUGCGUCCCAUGCUGGAGACUUGAGACAACCGUGUGCACAAGGAGUACGUGUAGAUGUGUGUACUUAUUCUAGGGACAAGCUCGUAGCCGCCAUACUGUUGUGCUGCAUAAUCGCCGUCAUCUUCCUCAUUGUCCUGGCGGUGAUGGUGUUUUGGAGGAAAACGGAAACGAUCGACGCUGCUACCGAAACCGAACCGUAUCUUUUUCCGCUUGUAAACCUCACGUCAAGCGUUUCAGCUGCGAGCACGGCAGGCACAACAAGGGCGUUACCACCAGCUACUACACGAGCUCCAUCAACCACUCCUACGACAAUGACGACGGCCACCACGGAAACCACCAUGAUGACGACAACCGCCGAAACGACGACGAUCAUAACAACAACACCAGAUUGUGACAUAUUUGAUGUACGACCAACAGCACUAUGCAACGAGACCACCCUCCUCAAACCUACGACGUACACAAUAACUUCACCAGGAUAUGGAGCGGGUCAUUACAACAGCAACCUCUGCUACCGAGAAUGCUUCCACGCAUACGGGUGCUUUCUGAGAAUUAAUACGAUCUCCUUCAAUAUGGAACCCCGCGGCCCCACUGGAGUGUGCAAAGACUACUUCGAGCUUCGAAACACUGGGAUUGGAAUUCCGGGAUCCGGUGCCCACAUCGGCCCCGUCUGUGGAACCGAGGGUGUGAGCUCUGACGUAGGCCAGGGUGGUAUGAUAGUAACUCUAUUUCACAGUAACGAGAAAAUUGAAGAAGCGGGAUACAAGCUGGAAUUUGUUUUCUACGCCAAACCACCGGAGGAGUGCGGCUAUUCGAGGGUGGCGGCACGACGGCAAAGGUCAGUUCCACACCGCAACAGUCCGGCGAGGCUUACCGGCAACGGCAACGACGAGGCUGUCUUUAAUGCUUGAACUUUACGGAACUUUACGAAGUUAUUCGCAUACGAUGACGCGAUUGCACGUGAUGUCUGCAAAGAUAUACGUCGGUUUGAUUUCGC